CUAUUAUAAAAAAGAGACCCGUGUACAGAUCGAUAUCGAUAUUUCUCGAAGAAAUAUCUCGAAAAUGCGUAAGCGUAAGGCAGAAACCGACGCGACAUCUGUCGAUUAUAUUAGUCACACAUUGGACUGGAACAAAUGAGGGGGGGUUCCGUUUGUACUUUUUCAACUGUACAAAUGAUGAACUGUAGAGAGCAUUUUCAAACGUUGAGAGCACCGGUGUGCAGGAAUUCAACUAUCGAGACAAAAAUGUGGCUGUACAUGUGGACCCACGUGCCACAUGAAAUUUUUGUCUCGACAGUUGGAUCCCUGCACACCGGUGCUCUCAACGUUUGAAAAUUCUCUCUACAGUUCAUCAUUUGUACAGUUGAAAAAGUCCAAACGGAGCCCCCCCGAACAAAUGAACUGGAACAAAUGAACUGGAACAAAUGAACCGGUAAAAACCAUCACAUUUGGCAACGGGUUUGAGUGUUUUUCUCCUAUCAUUUAAUUAUAAAAAGGAGAUCAUUGAGCAUCGUGAAACAUCAUGACAUCACCUAUUAAAUAUACGACCAACAGAGCCAUUGAUCAUUUCAAUGUUGGAGCUACACUCAUGAAAAUCAUCGGCUACGUCGACUGUAUUGAAGGCCUGAGGGAGCUGCCAAAAUCUCCAUCUAAGUGGAUUUAUAAGUGCAUUUUGAAUAAUAAUAAUGGCAGAAGGGUUCGCAUACUUUGCUGGGGGGAUGAUGCUCUCAAAUAUAAUGAUGAGAUCAAGAUGUAUCAGAUAAUAAAAAUCACUGGAGGGAUUAUUAAAGCGGCCAAUCCACAGUAUCGGCGAUCAACGGACACUGUGGGCGAUAAAGAAUUCCAAUUUGGACGUGGGAGCACUUUCGACAUCCUUGGCACAUUUAAUAUUACGAAUGGAGCUGACAAUGGAAAGUCGAAGGUCAUCUCAUAUGAAAAAAUUGAGAUGGAGAACGUGUGUGCUGCUCGCGGGCCAGUCCAGAUCACUGGAUGGCUCAAAGAGCCAUUCAGAACCAUUACCACGGUAAGUGGUUCAAGUUAUGGAUGUGGCAUGUUUUGCACAAGGGUUCAUCGCAUGACCAUUCACGUUGUGACGUACAUCCCGAGAGAAGACUUGAUCGAGGGAAUUAAAAUGACCAUCAAAGGUCGAGUUGAUCGUCGUGGGGAUGGUUUCGUUCUAAAUAUUAACAGCAUGGAUGACAUCGCAGUCCUGACUGAGGAUGUAGCCCUCAAUGAAGAUGAGUUGGAUGAUGCUGUCGAAGCACCUCCUCUCACUCUCAAACGAGGGGCAGUUGAAUCUGCAUCUGGAGAGGCGAUGGACGUCGCGAACAAGAAACUGAAAGCUGAAUAGCUUUAAUGACGUGCUAUUUGCUCUGGAAGUUCAAUUGCAAAAUUGAAAAUUUUUUCUACAACAAGUUCUAAACUGUUAUUUUUUCACACAAAAAUUGAGUUCUAUAACAAGUUUCACACUGUUAUUUUUUUACGCAAAAAUUGAAUUCUAUAAUAAGUUUAAUACUGUAAUUUUAUUACACAAAAAUUGAAUGUUUUCUAUAACAAGUUGUAAACUGUUAUUUUUUCACACAAAAAUUGAGUUCUAUAACAAGUUUAACACUGUUAUUUUUUUACACAAAAAUUGAAUGUUUUCUAUAACACGUUGUAAACUGUUAUUUUUUUACACAAAAAUGAAACAUUGACAAGCUUGAGCUCUUUAAGAAGGUGAUUUUUUACUUUUAAAGACUGCCAACUUCAUAGCAGUAAGGUUGAUACUCAUUUAGCUUUAACAACCAAAACAGAUGGAAUUAUAAUAAUCUAUUCAUUAACAUUAGUAUUUAGUCAGAAUUUAUUUCAAUAUGUGGCCCUGUUUUUGAAGAAAAAGUAUUACAAAACAUUUGUAUUUUUUAUAUAUAACAGAGAAAACUAAAGACUGAUUAAUUUUAUGAUUGAAAUAGAUAAAGCUCUCCGGAAUCACAGAUAAGUGAUACAAAGGAUGUAUUCAUAUUAAUGUUUGUUCAUAGUUCUUAAUAUAUGUUGUACUGUCAAUUAUAAUUGUUGGAACAUUAUUUUUGUUUUCAUUUCAAAAUCCGUCCCACUCCUGUAAAUAUUUAUUGAACGUAAGCGGCAUCGGUUUGGAGUUAAUGGUUUCAUUAUUAAAAAUUUAAAACGCGAUUUUUUUGCAGACAUCCAGUUUGAACCUUCCCUACGGUUGUAAGUCGCAGGUAUACACCUUGGUGCGGCAACACUGUCUCCUGUCUCACUGUCUCUCCUGGUUAUGUGAAGGGAAUGCGACUUACAACCGUAAGGAAGGAUGCAAAAUUAGUUCUGGCGCUACCGCUAGGACAUUUCGUGGUUGAUGUGUGGUCUCUGUUGAGGGCUCCAAAAAAAUUUGUCAUUUGUUUUUGCGGUGGAAAGCGCUUUUAGACAGAUAUCCCCUCCCUCUUCUCAAUGUCAUGCACAUGUACUGGAAGUACGCUGAAGUUUAUUAAUACUCAUAAACUGCAGCAACAGUAAUCGUUCUGAAAUAAUUAUCGUCAUCCAGUUAUUGCAGUCACGGCAAUUACAUUUUACACCUGAGCUUCUUUUCGGAUAUGGAAUGUACAUUCGGUGUGUGCCAAUAAAUUGAAUGGAGUUUUGCUUUGUGGCGGCUACCUAUCAAUUAUUUGUGGAUAACUUUUGUUGGCUUUAGAGGAGAGUUUGCAUAUUAAAGGACAGAUUCACUAAGACACUGGCCAUAAAAAUAAAAUCUUUUGCUUUGUGGCGGCUACCUAUCAAUUAUUUGUGGAUAACUGUUGUUGGCGUUUGUUGGCUAUUGUGGGUUUAGAAGAGAGUUUUCGUAUUAAAGGGCAGAUUCCCUAAGACACUGACCAUAGAAACAAAAUCUGGGAGUCUGCAGAUUAAACUACCGUAAACCAUUUUACCUGUAUACCAAUAAUUAUAUCUACACUGAAAUUCAAGAAAAAAAUCUUAAUAAGCAGAAUAUUAUAUCAAGAAUACCACAGAAAAUUUACCUAUACAAACGAAUAGAAAAUAUUACCAUAAAACCGACUGAUUAUCCGAAUACCUUCAAAGUUCAACAAUAUUGACCAAUUGUUUCAUAUUAUUUGAUUCUAAACAUUAUUGUCAAUUUUCACUAAAUAAUAGUUAUACAUAUUGAAAAAACCAACCAAAUAAAAAUA